GAGUAAAUGGCUAAAUAAUUGGGGGAAAUUUCUUAUUAGAGAUUAAUUUGGGGGCGAAUGUGAAAAAGUAUACAAGACAAUUGACAAGGUGCACUCCCUCCGCUUUUCCUAUUACAAAUUUACAAUAAAACUUGGUUUAAAAGAGGAGUCUUUCGGAGGCAUUUUCUCAAACAGCUGGUGUGUGUUUCCUUUCUUUCUUUUAGUAACUCUGCUUCUAUUCAUGUCUGCAUCUUGCUUUCUUCUACAUAGACCCGCUUCAGCAAAUCGAUCUUUCCCAAAACCAUCUUCGUUUUUCUGAGUGAAUGAUUUAGGUUUUCAUUUGGAAUGUGGAACUUCAGAAGACAAUUUGCGCGAUCAUUGUUAUUACAUUCGCAUCACAAUAAUUCCAAUUCAAGAACUUUUCCUACUGUCAUUGGCUCAACACAAUUUAUCUAUCAACAUGUUGAUCCGUCCAUAUCCUCUAAUGGUUUUUCAAUUAAACCGUAUGGCUUUCCAAUAUUUUUCUCUUCCUCAACUUACACACGUGUAGGAAAUUCAGAUUCUGAGGAACCAGAUGAAAACGAGUUAGAAAAUGAUAGCGAGAGAUUAGUUCCCUCCAAAGAUUCUAUCAAAAAAACUGAACUUGAAAGAGAAGUUGGAUUGAUAAUGGAGAUAAUCAAGCGACCUGGUCGAAGUUGUAUUGCUUUGAGGAACAAUCUUGAGAAAUGUGGUGUGGCCACCUCGCCGGAGCUGGUGGUUGAAGUUCUCGCGCAAGUUAGGAACGAUUGGGAACUGGCGUAUACAUUCUUUCUUUGGGCUGGCAAUCAGCCAGAUUAUGCACAUUCUUUGCGCCAGUAUCAUUCCAUGAUCGGUAUUCUGGGUAAAAUGAGAAGAUUCGAUACUGCUUGGACAUUGAUUGAUGAAAUGAAGAGAGGUGGAAAGAAUGGCGGAGAAUCAAUGGUGACUCCUCACACCUUAUUGAUCAUGAUCAGAAGGUAUUGUGCUGUUCAUGAUGUGGGCAAGGCCAUCAACACCUUUUAUGCGUAUAAACAGUUUAACUUCGAGGUUAGUAUCAAUUCAUUUCAAGAUCUUCUUUCUGCUCUUUGCCGAUACAAAAACGUGAAAGAAGCUGAAAGUUUGAUGCUCUGUAACAAAGACGUUUACCCAUUAACAACCAAAAGCUUCAACAUCAUCCUCAACGGAUGGUGUAACAUCAUCUGCAGUCCACGAGAAGGGAAGAGAAUAUGGUGGGAAAUGAACAACAGAGGGAUCCAUCGUGAUGUUAUAUCAUAUUCAACUAUCAUAACUUGCUAUUCAAAAUCAAGUGAAACAAAAGAAGUAAUCAAGAUUUUCGAUGAGUUGAUAGCAUCAGAUAUUAAUCCCGAUAGAAAGGUUUACAACGCUGUGAUUCACUCUCUUGCAAAAUCCGGGCUUGUAGUUAAAGCACGCAAUCUGAUGAAAUCAAUGGAAGAGAAAGGAAUAUCUCCAAAUUCAAUCACGUACAACUCCUUGAUCAUGCCUCUUUGUAAAGCACAACGAUCUACAGAUGCCCGUGAAGUGCUCGAUGAAAUGCUGCAAAGAGGAUUGCUCCCUACAGUUCGAACAUACCAUGCUUUUUUCCAGGCAUCAAGAACAGCUGAAGAAGCUCUUUUGAUAUUGAAGAAGAUGAAUGUAAUGGGAUGUUGCCCGAAUCAUGACACUUAUGUCAUGUUGAUUAGAAAGUUCAGUCGAUGGGGGGAUUUGGAAAAUGUGUCGAAGAUUUGGAAUGAGAUGAUUAGCAAUGGGCUGGAUCCUGAUCGGAGUUCUUAUGUGGCCCGGGUUCAUGGGCUUUUUUUGAAUGGGAUGUUGGAGGAAGCUUAUAAAUAUCAUGUGGAAAUGAAGGCUAAAGAUUUAUUACCUGAGCCUGAGAUAGAAGAGAGGCUGGAUGAAUGGAUGAAAAUCAAAUGUAGCAAUUCAUAAGUACAACAUGUUUGAUGCCUUUGAUUGAAUCUAUAUAAUGAGUUGUUGUAUACAUGGAUCUUGAGCUCUACCAUUAGACCCUUUUAUUUAAUGAGUUGUAUACAUGAAAAUCUUCAUUAAGUCUA